CUUACUGAAGCAAAAACCUUCAAAAUUUUCAAUGGGAAAGAAGAGAAAACACACUGAAACAGAGGCUGUAGCCAAUGGAAACAAAGAUGAAAUUGCAACAGAAAGGCCUAAAAGAACUCUUUUAGGUUUUAAAGAUGGCUCUAAUACUGAGGAAAACAAAGACAGUUCAUCAGUUGUUACUUUUAGAAAUAAAGAGAAAGUAUUGGUUACCUGCUCUCGUCGUAUUAGCUACAGGUAUCGGCAUUUAAUGUUGAACUUGGUGUCACUUUUGCCCCACUGUAAGAAAGAUAACAAGGUGGAGUCCAAAGAUGCAAAAGGUGAAACCUUGAAUGAGCUAGUUGAGUUGAAGAGCUGUUCAUCUUGUUUGUUCUUUGAGUGUCGGAAGGGAAAAGACCUCUAUCUAUGGAUGUCCAAAUGCCCCAAUGGUCCAUCUGUGAAGUUUUUAGUCAAUGCAGUGCACACAAUGGAAGAGUUAAAACUUACUGGAAAUCACUUGAAGGGUUCACGUCCUAUUUUGACUUUCUCAAGCAAUUUUGAUAAGCAACCUCACUGGAAGCUUUUGAAAGAAAUGUUCAUGCAGAUUUUUGGAACCCCAAAGGAUCACCGGAAAUCUAAACCUUUCUAUGAUCAUGUAUUUGUGUUUUCAAUUCUAGAUGACCAUGUGUGGUUCCGUAAUUACCAGAUAUCAUGUCCACAUACUGGAACAACACAGAAAAUAGACCGUGGGGACCUGGAAAAGAUGACACUUGUUGAGGUUGGUCCAAGGUUUUGCUUGAACCCAAUUAAGAUCUUUGGUGGUAGCUUUGGUGGCCCUACGCUUUAUGAGAACCCAUUUUACGUUGCACCAAAUCAGAUCCGAUCACUAGAGAAGAAACAGAAGGCUGGCAAAUAUGCCAAGAAAGUCAAAGCAAAGACCAGGAGGAAAAUGCAUCAGUUGUCUAAUCCGCUGGAGGUGGAUGAAUUUGCAGAUAUGUGGAAGGAGUGACAAAUGGUUGGCAAACACGAGGUGUACCCCGGGAGGAUGAAUGCUAAUUUACCUCCCUUAAGUUUUGUAUUGCUAGAAUUAUGAUCCCUUUUAAACAUUUGAAGUAAACCAUAUUCUUGAUUUUCUGCCUAGUUAGAAUGAAUUAUAUGCAAAAUUAUUUUCUGCGUA